ACCAUCUUUUUCCUAAUAAUAAUAAAUGAUGACAAAAGAAAAACUCCGACUCCACUAAAACAAAAGGGUAAAUGAUACAGAAAAUGAAAUGGAACGCCCUAAUAACAAUAAACCUCCACGAAACACAAUGAAAAUGGCGAUCCCAACAGCGGCAUCAUCAUCAUCAUCAUUAGAUAAUGAUAGGAGUAGUGGUGAAUUACGUGCCCUAGAUUGUAAUUUAACAUCUCUUUGUGAUCAUAUCCAAGUUGAAGGUUUUAAUUCUGGUUCUUUCUCUGAUAUCUUACUUCAAGUUAUGGGUUCUACAUAUCAUCUUCAUCGUUUAAUCCUUUCUAGGAGCUCCUAUUUCAGGAACAUGCUACAUGGUCCAUGGAAAGAGGCUAGUGCACCUAUUGUGACACUGCACGUUGACGAUGACAAUAUUAGCCCAGAGUCUAUGGCAAUGGCGUUAGCGUAUCUUUAUGGUCAUCAUCCUAAGCUAAAUGAUAAUAACGCAUUCCGUGUUCUCGCCGCUGCAUCAUUUCUUGAUUUGCAGGAUUUAUGUGCAAUUUGCACUGACUUUAUCAUAUCGGAGCUGUGGACUUCAAACUUCGUAUCAUACCAAGUAUUUGCAGAGAGUCAAGAUUAUGGUAUACAUGGGGAACGUGUUAGAAAUGCUUGCUGGGGAUACCUUUGUCAAAGUGGUGCCAUGGAGCUCAAAGAGGUGCUACCAAAGCUUUCUCCUCAAACUAUCCAUGCAUUACUAACCUCGGAUGAAUUGUGGGUUCCAAGUGAAGAGGACCGGUUUGAUCUGGCAUUGUAUACCCUCCUUGCGAAAGGUGCCUUCCUUAAAGCGGAACAUACUGAACAAGGAAGUUCAGGUUCUGACAUGGUAAAGGGUAAUAGCAUAGCGAGUAAUAGCCUUAGCGAACCGUUGACUGACUCUACAAAAGUUGAUUUGAAAGAUGAUAAUGAAGGCCGUAAAACUGCUCAUAAUAUUUUGGUUGAGCUUGCGGAUUGUGUAGUGGACUUCCAUAGUGAGGCUUCUGAUUCCAACUUACAACGGGGUCAACAAGCUUCAUGCUCUCAAUCAACUGUGGAGACAAAAAUAUCCUGCAAUAUGGAUCAACCUGCAUCUUCCAAUAACCUAGAGGGAAUCAGAACAUCAUGCUCAUAUGCUGAACUGCGAAAUGGUGCUGAGGCAAACAGAAUGGGAGGCUGUGGAAUGGCUAUGGAAGGACCGUCUGAGGAAAGCUACCAGUUAGACAACAAUAUUUGGCUUAUUAGGGAUCAAUCAAGGCAGUGCUCACCUGCAACUGCUUCAUGUAAUGGGUUUAUGACCAAUGAAUGGGGAAGAUGUGGCAUCUCUUCUACUUCAUGGGGUGGCCGGAUUGUAGGCAGGAGACAGGAGAAUAGUUAUGCUAAAGGGAUCUGUGGGGUCCCUGGAGAAGAAUAUGAUGCAUUCAUAAACAUCUUGGAAGGUGGUUCUCUUUUGUACUGCAACAUGUCUUUCGAGGCACUUCUAAACGUGAGAAAGCAGCUUGAAGAAUUGGGGUUCCCCUGCAAAGCUGUAAAUGAUGGUCUUUGGCUACAGAUGCUUCUAAGUCAAAGGCUGCAAGAAAUUGGUGCUGAUACGUGCAAAAAUUGUUGCCUAUCAAGCAUGGCAUGUGCGUGUAGGCAGGCAUACGGUUUUUCACAAGGAGCUACUGUUUCUGGUUAUUACAUGCAUGAUCAUGAUCGGAACAAUGCCCCUGGCAAUCCGGGAAACAUAUACAUUGCUGAUUCUGCUCAAGCCGAAGGUAAUGGUCUCUCUAGGCCCGUACGAGUACAUGUCAGGGGCCCUAUCGAUGGCCUUGCUGGUAUUGGACGUGGCGCUACAUUUGUGCCUGCUCCUGCUUGGCCCGCAACACGCUUUGUCUUUUCUCGAGUCCCAUUUGGACUGGGAAAUAGAAAUUGCCAGCAAUCUCUUGCAAACGAUGAACCAGAAGUUAGGGCAGAACUGAAUGGAGACAUGUCAGGAGAUGGAUUGACAGCUUUGGUUGGACUUAGCCAAGGAGGGGGCAGUUCAGUUCCUAUUCAUGGACAUCAAACAGAGAGAGGAUAUGAAUUAGCUGGACUUUCAGUUGCAGGUCCAAGUAGUAGCGGUAUUCCUUUACAGAUGGCAGAGUCACAGGAUGCCAUCGGAUUAGAGUGGGAAAAUGCUGAUAGCUCUGCUAUAUCAUUAGAUAUGAAAACUCCUCUCCGCCAUUUUCCUCCUUUUCGCUUUGGGGUUGAAUUUGAGGAUGUUCAUAGGCUUUCUGAUGCUCAAGUGAAGCACUCGCCAGAAGUGUUUUAUGCCGGUUCUUUGUGGAAGGUUAGUGUCCAAGCUUUUAAUGAUGAAGACCCUCAAGGGCGUCGAACUCUUGGAUUGUUUCUCCACCGACGGAAGGCAGAGAUAACUGAUACCCUUAGAAAGAUUCCUAUGUAUGUAGACUCUCGAGAAAAGGUCACAGCGCGUUAUCAGUUAAUUUGUCCAUCGAAAAGAGAAGUUACUGUGUUUGGAAGCUUUAAACAGACGGGAACUCUCUUACCAAAAGCUCCCAAAGGAUGGGGUUGGCGUACAGCUUUGCUGUUUGAUGAACUUGGUGAUCUUCUCCAAGGUGGGGCCUUGCGUGUGUCGGCUGUAGUCCAGUUAGUUUGAAGAUACAAGCUAGUUUGAAUUUGAUGCCUCAGUGAAGCCAUGCUGAUUAUUGCAUUCCUGCAUAGCUUGCGAUACACAACGUCGAAUAUUUUUACACUUGCAAUCACCAGGACGUGUUUAUUGAAGCUAUUGAAUGGUGAUUCAAUCGGGUUCAGGAUAUAUAAGUUUUCAAGCAUUCAGUUUGAAUGGCUUGGUUCAAUCUCCUGUGUAAAGUGAUUUUUUGAGGUGCGAUGUAAACAUAUUCACUAGUUUCUUUCAAGUAAAGUCACCGCAAAUACAACCCUUCUUCUAGAAUGUUCAGAAAUAAAUGUACAAGUCGUCUUUGUGUA